AUGGUUCACGAGGAUGAGAGCAGCGACGACUACCCCAGCCUGCAGUACAUGAACUCCUCCGAUGACGACAGCAUGUUGUACCGGAUCCCUGCCAGCAUUGAAGACCAAGACUACAUGGGCAUUGGACUGGAACCAUUGUUCCCUGCGAGCAGCAUGGGCUGCCAUGUGCUGGAUAUAUUGCGGGAAGGUCAGAACUGUGGUUCUGUUCAAUGGGUUGACCCAGAGUGGUCUCCUACAAUGCAAAAUGCACUGUUGAAGCUAUGGGAAAUGUAUCAAGACAGCAAGAGUGAUAGGAGGAAGGAUAACCUGGAGAGUUCACUCACUAUUCAUAAUUUGACAGAAGAAAAAAAUAAACUGGAGGCCAACUAUGACAAAUUAGUUGAAGAUGUUCAUGAACUUUUGAAUGCCCAAGAGGAUAGGGUGCUGGAUUUCAGAUAUUUGCAGUCUAAGAGUGCAUAG